AGUAAAACAAAUGGGACAUAACCAACCAAUCACUGCAAGACAUUUUAUAAUAAAAUGAGCUUUUGGAAACAUUCUUUUACGUUCGCAAGUGGAUUGCUAUUUGUCCCCAGCGGAGCCCUGACACGGGCGCCUAAUCAGCGAACUAUUAAAAGAUGGGUGGCUCCAACUUUAAAGGAAUUAAAGCGAAGGCAGUCUCAGGUCGGAGUUCAGCCCGAAAAACCGCGAUCUUCUUAUUUGGAAUGGAAUUAUGAAGCGGAACUGUUUGCUUUUGGUAAACGAUUGGGGGAAGAUUUUAAACGGGACAUUUUAAAACGCGCCCUCAUCCAAACAGAGUACGCAAAUUUGCUGGAGUUUAAUCAGAAAGAAAAAGGAGAAAUAUCAGAGGCAGUUCACAAUCAUGACCUAGUAAAAGAGGGAGAAAGCAUUAUCUCUACAUAUAUUGCGGAAGAAUACUCAAAAUUGUACCCUGAAGAUGUUGUUAAAGCGGUACAAAAGUAUUUAAUGAGUAAAGAGAUGUUGUCCCAUGUAGCGAGGCAUUUAGGGCUAAAAGACCUUAUCUUAGCCAAGGAGUAUCCUCCAGAAAAUCAGACUAUGUCAGAUACAUUUAAAGCCGUUGUAGCUGCUUUGAAGCAAUCUCAAAGCCUGGAGAGGGCUAAUUUUUUUGUCAAUGACUUUUUAUUAUCUCAGAUGAAUGGAAAAGAUCUAUUUGAUAUCUGGAGUCCAGAAAACCCAUUCGACUACCUCCUUAACAUCUUGCAAGGUAAAGGAAUUAAAGAAGUGGAACCUAGGUUAUGCAACCAGUCAGCCACCAAUACAAUUUUGGCGAAUUAUCAGGUCGGUCUGUAUAGCGAUAAGAAGCUACUCGGAAUAGGUUGGGGCGAAAAUAUAAAAACCGCCAAAGACAUGGCCGCUUUGGAUGCUAUCCAAAAAGUAUAUAAACAGCAUUGUACUAAAAAAGUGUAAAUAUAUAAGUUUUUUGUAUUUGAGUUUGAUUAUGAUAGGGAAGUUUAAGGUAAGGUAUGUUAAUACUGAUGUGAAAGGCAGUUUAGUAAACAAAACUAAUUGCUACAGUGUGGUUUAUUUUCAGUUAUGACAAGCUUUUACGAACACGAUUUAAAGACUAGAGAGUGGCAAAUAAAGUGGUGUCUGCAUUUUUAUCCAAGGCACAGAAUUGCAAGGCCUCUUGUAACUUAGAAAAAAAAAACUUAAAU